AUGGCUGGUAUUCCAAACUUCGCAAGUCAAUUGUAUGGCUCUUCAGGAGACAGGGUCGAUCUAUGCAGUGCCUGCGAGACCAUCAGUGCCAAGAUCAACAGCAAGGAGCAGAUACCACAAGCUGCAUUUACGCAGCUGUCAGUAGCGCUGAUGGAUCAAAUACGGAACCCCGAGUGGGCAUCUCGACCUCGGCUAUGGUUUAUUCUAAAACAAAUGAAUAGAUUGGAUGCAAUGAACGCUUUCAUUACUCAGGGACUGAACGAUACCUCGCUGCCGUUUAAGAGCCGGGGUCAGAUACCGAACAUACUAAACAUUCAUGAAUUCGAGACUUUUGAGCGCUGGCAAGGGGUUAUUCACUCCGAUAUUUGCGAUCUGGAGGAAGGGGCACACAUCACAAUUGAAAAUGGUGACAUGCUGUUUGAUUCUCGACGACCCAAACUGGGCUUUGGAGGGCAAGGCAACACAGUUGUAGAUGAAGUGACCGUGAGUAUGAGCGGUCGCACAUACGCUAGAAAGAGAAUCAACAAACGAAAAAAGUUUGGUCACGACACGAAGUCAGCGAAGACCUUCGAGAAUGAGAUCAAAGCUCUGUCGAAAGUAUGCAGCCACGAUCACUUGAUAAAAGUUGUUGGAACUUACACGGACAAACGGUAUUACGCCAUGCUUCUUGAUCCCGUAGCAGAUUGUAACUUGAAGGAAUUCAUGGCAAAAAGGAACACCCUGGCAUCAGAACAAGCGCUGAGUAAAUUUCGAACCUAUUUCGGAUGUUUAGCACACACCCUUAGCUUCCUCCACGAGCCGCCUAUCGCAAUGAUCCAUAAGGAUCUAAAACCCGAGAACAUACUCCUAAAGGGUGACCACAUGAUCCUGACCGAUUUCGGAACGGCGUAUGACUGGUCAACAACUGGUCAAAGUAUGACCGCCAGUAAUUGCGACGAUGAUAGAACGCCAAGAUAUCAAAGCCCGGAAGUGGCUCGAGAGGGUUCAUUUCAUCGCAGCUCUGAUAUCUGGUCCUUGGGGGUGGUGUUUCUUGAGAUGGCUACUGUUCUGCAUGGAAAGAGCUUGGGGGAUUUGAACGACUUUCUUCGUGCAAACGAUCCCCAAGGAGGACGGGACGUCCACCCCUAUCAGAACCCAAGAAGCACUCUCGAGUGGCUUGACCAUUUACAAGUAGGUAAAUGCGGCGAAUUGUCAGAUGUUGCGCCGUUGCUAUGGAUCCAGAAGAUGUUGAGUCUUCAAGGGUCGAAUCGACCAUCGGCCAUCGAACUUUGUGAAGAGAUAGAUGAUUUCCAACCCGGUCUCUAUUGUGGUCGUUGCUGUUGCGAUCUGGACUCGGUGUCGGAGUCAGAGAGCUCUUUCGCUAGCGAGCAAGACACCUUCUCAGAUUUGGCAGGAGGAGAUGAAACCUUACGUCCCUCAAAUACUUACGAUCCCCCUGGAGCCUUUCCAUCCACAGAUCCUUUUAGUUAUGCACGAACGCCGGUGCCAGAGGCCAACCAUCCCGCGUCAGCCUCUACUCUGACUAAUGUCUACUUUGCAGAUGAAGGUACUAAUACAAUGGAGCCGGUGAUCAUACCUAUCAUCCCAGCUACCCAGCGACCGACUGUUAAGACGAAGUCUCAGACGAAGACUCAGCCGAAGACCCAGCUCCUUCGAAAGACGCAGCCCAAAGGCUCACGUACAACCCAUGAGGAGUCAUCCAGCAAGCAAAGAGUCCAGGCGAUGAAGACAAGUGCAGGCCAUACCACAACCCAAGGGAACAAAGAACAAAGUCGAAAUCAGAGAAUGGGAUUUCCUGGCAUGGACUCGAUUGUCCAAUGGUUAGGAAAAUCGCACGAGAGGCUCAAAGCACCCCGAAGGAAAAGAGCCCUUCUUACGCCUAAGAGGCGAAAUAUCACGAUUGAAUCGCAGCGGAUCGGUCAUUUCCUAUCGUCUCUACCAGAUGAUGCUGGCGACUUCGUCGGUGACCCAACCAUGUUAGAAGGAGAGAAUGGACAUCUGACCCCACUCUCUCGGCCUGAACAACAAUUCGAGCAGCCCAACUUCCUCGCUCCACAUCUAAGGCAUGCUUAUAGCGAUAGCGAGCUACAGGUUUCUGAUGAUGAGCAUGACGAAAUGUCAUCUGAUCAAGAUCUAAAUGAGAAAACUUUCCCCAGGCUCAUCAAGUCCGGCAGUGAUACUAAUCUAGCUUUGGCCAGCGCUAUGUCUAGUGGUGACCGUCAGGGAGUCUUCGAAGAGCUCCGGGCAUUUGCAGAGAGCUCAAAAGGUCUGUUGCACAUUGGUACGACUGCAGUCAUUCCAUCCUCGACGACGGAAAUGACCGAUCGGCAGAAAGUCUUUGAGGAACUACGAGGUUUCGCGCAGGCUUCUAAAACCCUAACUCCAACUUCUGCAGUGCCUAGCAUUACUUCCGAAAGUCAGGAUAAUGCAACUAUACAGGGUUCCGCCGAGUCAAAUGUGCUCAAAGACCAUUUUAAACAUCUUCGCACACCAAUCACUAAGCUGGAUGCGCCAAAGCCCACAACAAGCUUGAUCUCCCAAGCGGACGCCGGCCCAAGCCUAGCUACCUUUAUCGACCAAGCAAACGAAGGCAAGAAGAGGCAAGGUUUUGAAUCUGCAACUAUUAUCAUGGACCGAAUUUUGAAGAACAAGACCGCGGAGGCACCAACAUCAAUCAUGUCCGAAAAGUCACGAUCUUUGCUCGCGCACGGGAGAAUCGGAAUGCGCUGGAACGACAAAUCCUACGGCUAUCUUCCGAUCUUCACAGCCAGUGGCAAGGUAGGUGCUGUCAGGCAAUUGCUGAAAGGUGGAUGCAAUCCAGGAACAGAAGAGAAACCGCGCUGGCAACCGAUCUAUAACACAAUCGUCGGCGCAUCUGAUCGGCACACAAAGUGUUUGCGUGAACUCGUAGAGCACGGUGUUGACGUCAAUGCCUUCAAACCAUUAACAACGAAGAGUGGGAAACGCGGUAAAAGGCCUCUCCAUUAUGCACUCGAGCAAAGCGUCUGGUCUGGAUACUCGACAGUCAUCUACAUCCUGCUCGCCGCGCGUGCUAAUCCAAAUGCAAAGGAUCCAUUUGGUGAUGUCCCACUUUUAAAGCUACUGAUAGGAAACGAGAAAUUACCGCAAGAGAAACGAGACGCAUUGUACCUUUUGCUGGCACCAAACUUCUCUACUAAGCUCAAUGUCACUCUACCGAGGACAGGAGACAAUCCUCUGCACCUAGCCAUCCAACGAAAGGACGCCUACGUUCUGGAUGCCAUCCUAGAGAAGCUUAAGACUGCCUACGACAAUACGGAAGACUUAAUCCACGGGCAUAAUAGUACAGGCUUUACUCCCAUCCUACUUGCGUUUUCCAUACUUUCAUUGACGGACGAUGAAGCUGAGAACAUUCGCAUAGUCCACCUCUUGCUCACAAAUGGUGCAAACGCAAAUGAUCAGCAUGCCAUUAAUGGCGAAACUCCCUUGCACAGCGUGGUCCAGAAGUCGAAAAGUGCUAUAGCUUUGGAGCUCCUCCUGCGGCAUUGUGCUGACCCAAAGAUCAAAAACAAAAGUGGCAAGACUCCGCUGGCCCUGAUUAACAGUUCUCGAGCUCACAGCCCAGAUGACGAGUGGUAUCAAUGGGCGGACAAGAGAGUAGAAGGGACACUUGACAAUGACGAUUGGCGCCCGCCGGCGCUGGUCAGUUACCUCAAUGACGAGGCAGAAGCAAGGCGCCAAGAAAGUGAACGAAAGCACCAAGAAGGUGAAAGAAAGCGUCAAGAAAGCGAAGCAGAGCGCCAAGGAAGUGAAAGAAAGCGCCGGGGAGUGAUGACUGGAGGUGGUGGAGGCUUCAGUUAUGCCUAUGGUGGAGGCUACACUUACCACAAGCUUGACCCUACAACGUACAAGUAUACCAAGCCUUAUUCCUUUCAGCGACCUCCUACACCCCCAGUAUUCAGACCACCGACUACAAAUCCGCUCUUUCCAGAAGAAGGUGAGUCCGAGGAAGAAGGGACAAGGGAGUAG